UGAAAUCUGAAUGAUUCUUUUUGACGUCCUUGCCCCUUGUUCCCUAAUUCCCUUCAACACCCACACAUAGCAUACGCUCUCCGGUUCCAACCUCCGGCCACCAGACUUGGGCGAACCACACCUCCGGCCACUUCAGCGAGUUCCUCCGCGAUUCCAUGGAUUUCCGCAGACAGAGCAGCCCCUCCAGCUCGGUCCUUCGCAAGCAGCACCGCCGUAAAAUGAAGCAUGAAAUGAAGAAGAAGAAGCAGAGACCUUCAGCCUCGAAUGUGAAUGAAACAGAGGCUGCUUCGAUGUUAAUCAUGUCAGUGUGUGAGGAACAUGAUGAUGGUGAUAUACAAAGCAUGAAGACAAUCAAUCUAUCUUAUCAGCUUGUGGACAACGCUAUGCUGUUCCUAAAAAUCCAUCUUUUAUAUUAUCCACUUAUUGGAUAUGUGAGGGAGCUGAAAGUCGUCACCGGAGAUGUGAUGGUUAAAAACGCGAUAGUUGACUUUUUAGAAGCAGAAAACAUGGAAUGGAAAGAAGAAGAAGAAAACAAAACUACCUUGCGAAUUAAAAUCGAUGGUAACAAAAAGUAUGAUGUGAUGACAUUCAAGCUAAGUGAACAGCAUAUGGAAUCCACAAUGCAGAUUGUAAAACCUCUACUUUUUCUAGGUGCAUAUGGUGGAUCUGUGCUGGAAUUGAAAGUCAACACCGGAUCCGGGAACCUUAAACAGGCGGUUGUUAACUUUUUGGAGAAAGAGAAGAUAGCAUGGAAAGUAGAGAACAACGCAACUCUGGUAAUCAAAUUCAGUGGAUAGUGACUCCGACUAAUCAAGCUGCUGGCAUCUUGUGAAGAUAAUAUGGGCUAACGUUUUUUUUAGCUUUUAUCCAACAAUCAUUUUGUGUAAAUAAUUAUGAUGACAAAAUCCUUU